AUGGAUGAUGAAGAAAAAGCUCAAAAAGCUAAGUCACGUCAAAUAACUCAAAAGUCCAAAAAAGUAACUGGUGACCCUUCUACUGGAGACGGUGAUCAAGAUAAUCAGAAUAUUCCUAUUAAUUUGAUUCCGAAAAAUAUGUCUAAAAUCAUGUUUGGUCCAUUAUAUACAGAUCAUGAAUACCUGGAAGAGUUGUUAAAGCAAGAGUCUGCACAAAAAUGGAAGACUACAUAUUCUGAAGAAGUACGUAAUCUAGCACGUAACGGUAUUACUUAUUUGGAUGAACGAUCUAAAUUUUGGCAUCAAGAAAAACCUGUUUAUGCUCGAAUGAAAGCUGGAAGAUUGAAACCCUUGAUAAAACCUCAGCUUACUAAAAAACAACGCUGCCCUGAAAUUAAUAAAGUAUUGAAUAGACUCCAUCAUAUUGAUAAGUUGCAACGGGCGCAUCAACAUGAAUUAGCAGUGAAACAUGCCGAGAAUUUACUUCACGAGGUUAAAACAUGGGAUUCAUCACAAGUUUCAAAUUAUCAUGAAAUUUUGGCAAAUAUUUAUUCAAUGCUUGGGUUGUCCAAUUUAGAAUUAGGAAAUUAUACCGAAUCAUUGGAAGCUCAUCAAGCUGCAUAUGACCUUGGACAAGAAAAUAAUUUAUCAGAGGUUAUUUCCCAUUCAAUGGAUAAUAUGGGACGUGUAUAUGCGAAAAAAGGAGAUUACGAUUCAGCUAUUAAAAUAUGGGAAGAAAAACUUGAAAAAUGUACAGAUGAAUUAGAUGUAAUAUGGCUCUGUUAUGAAUUAGGUCGAUGUUAUUUAGAAUUACAAAAACCAAAUAAAUCAUUCGAAUAUGGUGAAAAAGGAUUAGAUAUAGCGUGUUCAAUGAAUGAUAAACUAUGGCAAUUAAAUAUCAAUGUUUUGAUUGGACAAUCAAAUUUACAAUUGAAAAAACGUCUUGAUGCUCAAACAGCUUUUACUACAGCUUAUGAAUUAGCCAAGGAACUUGAAGCUCAUGAUGCUGAGAAAGCAAUAUUAGAAGUAAUUGAUGAAUUACAAAGUACCGAUCGAGAAAUGGAUACAUACGCAUUAACGGAUACAGAGGAUAAUGUUCGAUCAGAAGAUUCAUUAAUUUCACGAAGUAAAAAUCAAUCACCUUAUCAAACGAAUAUUCAAUCUACAGAAGAAUAA